GUGUCCAGGGCUGAACCGGACCAGCACCUUCUCCUGUGAAGCCCACAACCGCAAGGGCGUGGCCACGUCCGGCUCCGGCACCAUCACCGUUCUCCCGUCGCCGCCGCGCGACCUGCGCGCCGCGGACGUCACCCAGAGCAGCCUGCGCCUGACCUGGCAGCCCGGGUUCGGGGGCGACUACCCCAUAAUGCACUGCUCCGUUCAGGCCAAACAUCAGAGCGACGGCACAGAGCGGCUGAUCCACAACCAGAAUGUGGACGUCCCUCCAGCCGCUCACCUCAUCGAGGACCUGGAGCCUCACAGCUCCUACGCCGUCAGAGUGUCCUGUCACAGCAGCCAGGGCGCGUCGGCCUGGACGGCCUGGGAGCAGCUCCGCACCAAAGAAGGAGUGCCGGACCACGCACCCGUCAACGUGAGCGCCGUGCUGAACGGGACCGAGGUUCUGCUGACGUGGGAGAGGCCCCCGGAGAAGCUGAACGGAGCGCUGCGGGGCUUCAGGGUGGAGUACAGCACGCCGGGCAGGCAGCAGGUGCUGGUGGACACGGGCCCGGACGCGGAGCUGCUGCUCAACCUGUCCGUCCCCCUGUCCAACGUGUCCUACCGGGUGUGCGCCUACACCGGGGCGGGUCCGGGUCCCUGGACCCCCACGCAGACCCUCACCCUCAUCGCUCCUGAAAUCGGGGAGUUUAGAGGUCCGUCCUCGCCGCCCGCCUUCUCCUGGCACUGGUGGUACGUGGUGAUGGCCGUGGCCGGCGCCGUCUCCAUCGCUGUCUUCAUGGCUGUCUACGUGGCCAAGCUGCGGCGCAAGGAGACGCGCUUCGGGGAAGCGUUCGAGCCCAUGAUGGAGAGCGGAGAGCUGGUGGUCAGAUACCGCGCCCGCCGCACCUACAGCCGCAGGACCACAGAGGCCACACUGAACAGUCUGGGCAUCAGCGAUGAGCUGAAGCAGAAGCUGCAGGACGUGAUGGUGGACAGACAUAAACUGACGCUGGGGAAGACGCUGGGAGAAGGGGAGUUCGGCUCGGUGAUGGAGGGGCUGCUGACUCAGGAGGAGUCUGUUCUCAAAGUAGCUGUGAAGACCAUGAAGAUUGCCAUCUGCACCCGCUCCGAAAUGGAGGACUUUCUGCGAGAGGCCGCGUGCAUGAAGGAGUUCGACCACCCCAACGUCAUGAGGCUCCUGGGCGUGUGUCUGCAGACGGUGGAGAGUGAGGGCUACCCGUCUCCUGUGGUCAUCCUGCCCUACAUGAAGCAUGGGGACCUGCACAGCUACCUGCUCUACUCGCGGCUGGGAGACUGCCCCGUGUACCUCCCGUCUCAGAUGCUGGUGAAGUUCAUGACGGACAUCGCCCGAGGGAUGGAGUACCUCAGCAGCAAGAACUUCAUCCACAGAGACCUCGCUGCUCGCAACUGCAUGCUCAACGAGAACAUGAACGUGUGCGUGGCCGACUUCGGCCUCUCCAAGAAGAUCUACAACGGGGACUACUACAGGCAGGGCCGCAUCUCCAAGAUGCCCGUCAAGUGGAUCGCCAUCGAAAGCCUGGCGGACCGGGUGUACACCACCAAGAGCGACGUGUGGUCGUUCGGCGUCACCAUGUGGGAGAUCGCCACGCGCGGCCAGACUCCGUAUCCAGGCGUGGAGAACAGUGAGAUCUACGACUACCUGAGGCAGGGGAACCGCCUCAAGCAGCCUCCAGACUGUCUGGACAACAUAUACUCCCUGAUGUUCUCCUGUUGGCUGCUGAGCCCGAAGGACCGGCCGUCCUUUGAGUCGCUGUGCUGCGAGCUGGAAAAGGCCCUGGAGCAGCUGCCGGACGCCCAGGACCCGGAGGAGAUCCUGUACGUCAACAUGGACGAGUCGUCCGCGGAGCUGGGGGCCGUGGGGGGCCGCGACCCCCUCGGGGCGCCGCCCCCGCUCUGCCUGAAGGGCCUGGACUCCGUGACCACGGUGGAGGUCCACCGGCCCAACCGCUACGUGCUGUGUCCCCAGCACGAGCCCAACCGGGCCCCGUGCGGCUCCCUGGAGAGCCUGGAGCUGCCGGCGUCGUCCUCCACUGCCACGCUGCCGCUGCAGAGCCCGCUGCACCCCACCCCCAUGCCCACGCCCACGCGGGCCCCCACGCCGAGCGCCGAGCUGCUGGACGACAGGGACGGCUCCAGGAAAGCGCCCUGGCAGUGACUCCAGACUGUUUCACCAAAGUGUGCCGUCGUGUCUCCAGGUCCAGCACCAUCGCACGCCCUCCGUCUGAGCCUGGUUAAAACACAGCAGCACCGGGGCAACGACGCCCCGACGCUGCAGCAAUAAAACACGCCACAGCUGCUGCACCCGUGAACAGGGAGGCUAAAGCUAACGCUAAACCAGCGCACACUGCCAACUCAACACAACCCACUCAGGAGCCUGAACCUUCCAGCAGGAACCAGAACCUCAACGCGUCUCCAGGUUCAUGACGGAACAGCUGUUGCUGUGUUGAGUCAACACUGAACUUCUAGGUUCGCGGCGUCUCCUGGAGCUCGACUGGCCGCCGCUGAGACACCUCUUCCCGUCCUGCUUCUGCUUUUUACUGAUCACGUCUCAGGAAGCUGGACUGUGACGCACAGAGGUGCUGCUCAGAUCAAAGGCUACAAACAGGACCAAGACGAGCUGCGGACACGAUGCUCCUCUGCUGCUGAAGCACAGCGUUAUUAGACGUUUUCUGAUGCUGAUCUUUGUUUUUCUGCAACUUUGCACUAAUGUUCUUAUAGAAUUCCUGCCUCAUUGCUUCUUGCUUUCCCAUUUGUCUCUUUGACUCAUGCAGUCUGUUGACCGGAGCCACACAUGGACGUGAACGCCUCACGAGGCCUUUAGUGUCUCUGUGAAAACAGGCCUGCACCAGCACAGGAGGAACCUGCCUCCAGCUGCAGCUCCACAUUAUGCACGCACUUAUUUUUAUAUAUAAAUAUGUAUAUACAUGUGAUUUGUGUUUGAUGGACCUCAGUCCAACACGCUUUGUGCUGUUUCCACUGAGUCCUGCAAUAACUGUGGUACUGUUUAAAAAGACGAGACCAGUCACAUUCGAAGCCUUAAACUUUGUCAUCAGUGCCUUCAGAGCCAGUAUGUUGAAUUAUAAUGUGUUUGAUUAUGGAACCAGAUUUGUACUAUAAUGACCUUUUUAUUAUCAAGGUGAUGAUUUGUAAACACUUUUUUAUACAGUACCUACAAUAUUUUGAAUAAGAAAUAAAUGUGGUCAUUUUCGAUGCG